UUGUAUACAUUGCCUGAUCGACUCGACUUUACGAAUUUUGACGGUACUUGAUAGACUGGGUUUCCGGUGCAUCUUUGGUUGCUUUGAAAUCGUCCAGGAUAUGAUUGGUUGUUUUGGAUAAUGUCUGAUGUGUUCAGGGAUGAAUUCAACGCGGAUACAAGUAAUAUCUAUUUAAAAACCACUGCUCUCAUACAACAUAUAUUAUCUGCUACACAUGAAGAAGAGCAGGAGUUAAAAUUACCAGGUGAUCGGGCAGCUCAACUACGAGAAGUCAAUAACAAGUUACGUGAACGCGUUACGAACGAUGAGAAGCAGGUGGAUUGUAUGAUAUCUAGAUUACAGACCGUGAAGCGGACAAUCGAAGAGUUACGUGCUUCUAUUGAGAAAUCUAAAUCAAUUAAAAUCGCUUAUUUGAAACAAAUUGAAUCUGAAAAUCCUCCUGAAGAUUCAUUUUUCCCAUGUGAAUUCGAAAAUUCUACACUGAUGCAAGUUUAUAAAAUGAUCCAACCAUUCGAACGCCUACUUGGAAUUCAAAUACAGAAAACGCACUCUGGGCUACUACAGUUGCUAUUUCAUGGUUGUUCAAAAGCGCUGGUUAGUAGUGAUGAAGUAAUUGUAUGCUGUUGUCAACUUCGUAUAGUAAAUACUAAUCGCUUUGAAGUCGUUUUGUGUGAUCCACCCGUACCGGAUCUAGAAAGGCUUGUAAACCACCUGAAUUGGACUGAAGAUAUACGGAGUUUUAUUAUUGUAUUAAGACAACGUUUUUGUCGUUACUUUGAAUUAGCUGCAGCAGUUUCGAAUAAAUUAAGCUCUGAAUGACUAAUGUGUUAAUGAGCAUUCUGACAGUGUACUCUGAUGAACCUUUGCUAUGCAUGAAUUUGUCAUAAUUUAUGUUCAUCUUGCGCUUAUAUCUUAUAAAAAGUAUAUAUAUAUAUACAAUCUA